AUGGUGGUGCUGGCUGGGUUGGCCCGGCCUGUCGAGGGUUUCUUUCGUGCUUGCAGCUGGCGUGCUGAUCUGCCACGCCGCCUGGCUGCAUCCCAUCCCGCCCGCAUGUCUGUGUGGGUGGUGUCACCUUGCAGUGUGUCUGUGGACUGUGGUUCCGAGUGUUUCUGUGCCGUGCGUUCCAGUCGAGGCCGUUGA